GUCAGUAAAUGAAAAAACGAAAAAAACAUGUUUCGCGCGCGUUGUUGUGUUGUUCUGCUUGUUUUUGUUAAAAAUAGUUAAUAAUCCGAAUAAUCACUAUAUUCUAAUCAAAUGGAAUACUAUUAAUUUUGUGUAAAAUCAUAAUGAGUAGUAUAUUUCAAUUGCUUAAAAUCAAUGAAAAUGCUAAAAAAAUAGAAGAUCCGUUUGAAAAAGUCCAAACCCUACGAAAUGUGACUUCUCUUCUAUUUACUGAAGCCCUCGCUGGCAGUAACGACGAAAAAUUGGCAAGCUCGAUGAUUCAGCAACAUUUGAACGACUAUCAAGAUCUGGUGAUUGAUCCCGAUUCCGUUAAUAAUUACUGUGACGAAGUUAUGCAGCUUUUAGCCACCCAACCGGACGAUGCCGAUGCUGACGAUUCAGUGAUUACAGAAACUGCUUUGGACAAUCCCUUGACUUAUUUGACUACGGAACGGUUGUGCAGAGGACGGUAUGAAGAAUGCGCCAGUUGGGAAUUGAACGACGAGCUGGUAGAAUCGGUGUUUGAUGGAAAUAUCCCGUACAAAAGUUGCACAAUUAGUGACGAUGUGCCAGGAAUGAAUGGAACUAGUGAACAGGAAAUAAGAACAGGCAGGGUUUUAAAUCUUCAUGAAGAAUCUGUGAAGUCAUCUAGCAAAAAACCUACACAUCUGAGAGGAAUAGAGCGUAGUGAGUCAGUGGCCUUGGAAGAAAUAUCCAAGAGAGUGUUUGCCACGUCCACCAGAAGCUUUUUCUCGGCAAAGGUAGCAACAGCCACCGUUGCUGCUUCAUCGGAUUCCAGAAAGCAUGGUGGCACUAAAGAAGAACAUAAGACUGAAGAAAGCGACUUUCGUACAGCGAAAGAUGAACUGCAGAUCCAGAAUAUCAAAAAAUAUGGAAGCGCCAAUCCUCCAGGAAAAACUCCACUUUUUUCAUACGGCAAAAAAUCUCUUGGUGGCCGCCGAACGCUGGGAAAUAAAUUUGUAUGUCCGGUUCGUAACGAUGGCAGUGAUGGGACGAAUAAACCUGUUACCAACUGUUCACCAAAUUCAUCUCGCUUCAGCCAGGAAGAAAAACCUGAAGAAGAAGAAAUUGAUGAACGUCUUCGGCACAUAGAUCCUAAAAUGGUAGAAUUGAUUCGCAGCGAAAUCAUGGAUCGGUUCACUGCUUUGACCUGGGAAGACAUCGCUGGACUUGAUUAUGCCAAAACUAUCAUUCAGGAAGCUGUUGUUUGGCCGAUUCUGCGACCAGACAUCUUUACCGGUUUGCGUCGACCACCUCGGGGAAUUCUUUUGUUUGGCCCACCAGGAACUGGAAAGACUUUGAUCGGGAAGUGUAUUGCUUCCCAAUCUAAAUCUACUUUCUUCAGCAUCAGUGCAUCCUCGCUCACGUCAAAGUGGAUUGGUGACGGGGAGAAGAUGGUUCGAGCCCUUUUCGCGGUAGCAUCAGUACAUCAACCGGCGGUUGUUUUCAUAGAUGAAAUCGAUUCCCUUCUUUGUCAACGUUCGGAAACGGAACACGAAAGCUCGCGAAGGUUGAAAACGGAGUUCCUCGUACAACUGGACGGGGCUGCCACAGCGGAAGAUGAAAGAAUUCUUAUUGUUGGGGCUACCAAUCGGCCACAGGAACUGGAUGAAGCAGCCCGUCGUCGACUCGUCAAACGUUUAUACAUCCCUCUGCCGGAGCUUUCCGCUAGAGUUCAAAUUUUAACUCGUUUGCUAGCAAGCGAAAAGAAUUCACUCUCGAUCAUGGAGAUCAACGAGAUCGGACAACUGACCGAGGGAUUUUCCGGUGCCGACAUGAAGGUUUUGUGCCACGAAGCUUCCAUGGGACCAAUCCGAUCGAUUCCGUUUGACCAGCUUGGACUAAUUGGGAAGGAUGAUGUGCGACCGGUAUGUCAUGAGGAUUUCAAGACAGCGCUUAGUCGGGUACGGGCAAGUGUUUCGCAAAACGAUCUGGCACAGUACGUUAAGUGGGAUCGGCUCUACGGUUCUGGUGCAUCUGGUUGAAUUCCGCCAGGUAAGUUCGGUGAUGGUUGGGAGUUCUUAUUAAAUAAAUUGUUGUGAUCGGAUUGGCGAAUUUUGAAA